AUGGAAGCCAACGCAACGCCCACUGCCCACCCCCGUGCCUCUGAUUCUGCCACAGGGGGUGAGAUCAGAGCCCCUCCAGGCACUGAGCUUAUCCCCAGGAGAGCUGUCAGUCGCUCUCCAACCUGUGCCCGCUGCCGAAACCACGGCGUCACUGCCCACCUCAAGGGCCACAAGCGCCUGUGCCUCUUUCAGGCUUGCGAGUGUCACAAAUGUGUCCUCAUCUUGGAGCGCCGGAGGGUCAUGGCUGCCCAGGUGGCCUUGCGUAGGCAACAGGAGGCACAGCUAAAGAGGCAUCUGGCUCAGGGACUGCUGAGGAGAGGGGCGGCUCCUCCCAAAGCUCCUAGCCAUGCCAAGAAGGGAGCCACGCAACGAGGGGUCCCCCCUGGAAAGGAGAACAUACCACCCCAGCCUCAGACACCCCAUGGGGCAGUCCCACUGGCACUGACACCCCCUGGGAAGGAUAACUCCCGGGGGCCUCUGCUGCUCAGCCGUCCCCCAGAAGCCUUGCCUUUGUCCUGGACUCCAGUGCCUCCAGGCGCUUGGGCUCCUGGACACUGGCUGCCUCCAGGCUUUUCCGUGCCACCUCCUGUGGUAUGCCACUUGCUAUGUCAAGAACCUACAGUCCCUCUGCAUCCCUCUCCUGGCUUUGACCCUGGCACUUCCCUCCGGCUGCCCACUCACGGGCCCCUCCCAACCUGCCCAGGAUCUCGUCCGAUACUGAUGGCUCCUCUUUCUGGAGAAUCCCAAGGGCCCUCUGCCCUGCCCCGCGCAUGCUCAACUCUGAUCCUCCAGCCCUGUGGCACCCCAGACCCUCUUCUGCUACAGCCACAGGCCCCCGGAGCUUCUCGCCUGGCCUGGACCUCUGCCCCCUCAGAGCGGCAGCUGCAGCGGGAGGCAGCUGAGGCUCUUGUGGAUCUGAAAGGUUCUUCCCAGGCUCCCCGCCUGACCUCUUCUGUGCCCCCCAACCCUGCCUGGAUCUCCCUGCUCCACCCCUGUGGCCCACCAGCUCCCGCUGGAGGAAGAGGAUUCCAGCCUGUUGGCCCCUCUCUCCGACCCAGCCCAGCCGCCUCUGUGGCUCUGCAUAUUGGGCGUCUGGGCUCUAUCUCCCUCCUAAGCUAGAAGCCCAGAGGUGGAGGCCUUGCUGGGGCAAGAAGCAACAGCCUGUGGGCACUGCAUAUUUGGUAUUUUACUUCUGGAUUUAUGCAUGGAAUUUAAUGUAGUACAAGCUUCCGGCUUUUCUUUUUUUUUUUCUUCUUCUUUUUUUUAAGCUUCCAGGUGCUUUGUUAGCUUUUGGUUCCUUUUGUAGUGUGAGCAUUUCCUUGAAUGAAAGUGGUAUUCUCUUACUCACUUGGGUCCUGGCACCUUUUUAUAAUCCCCAGCAAAGUGACAAUUGUGUAGUUUAAGCUAACCAGUAUCUAAAUAGGUUUUUGCAUGAGUUCACGGUCUAGAAUAUUUAUUUGACAUAUGAUCCUGUACAUAGCUGUGCGCUCAUGUCUGUCUCCAUGCAUGCAAA